AUGGAUUCGAAAGACGGCGAAGCGCUGGCGUUCCGCGCGAAACCACCCAGCCCCGGUGAGGAGAUUGUCAUCUCCGGCAUUGCUGGGCGGUUCCCGAAUUCGAACAGCGUCAAGGAGUUUGGCUACAAUCUGUACAACAAGAUAGACAUGGUCGACGAUCUGGAGACGCGUUGGCGUCAUAGCAACGUCGAAAUUCCGCGCCGCAUGGGCAAGGUGAACAAUCUGGAGAAGUUCGAUGCGACCUUCUUCGGGGUGCACUUCAAGCAGGCCCACACGAUGGACCCGCAGUGCCGCAUUCUGGUGGAGCACGCGUACGAGGCGGCCAUCGAUGCGGGGGUCAAUCCCAAGUCGCUGCGUGGCUCGCGCACCGGUGUCUUCGUUGGGGCGUGCUUCGCCGAGUCGGAGAAAACGUGGUUCUACGAGAAAAUCUCGUCCGGUGGAUUCGGAAUUACCGGGUGCUCGCGUGCCAUGAUGGCCAAUCGCAUCUCAUACACGAUGGGCCUGAAUGGGCCCUCGUUCCUGCUGGACACGGCGUGCAGUAGCUCGAUGUAUGCCCUCGACUGCGCCUUCAACGCCAUCCGCAACGGGGAGUGCGAUGCGGCCAUCGUCGGUGGGUCGAACCUGUUGCUGCACCCGUACGUGACGUUGCAGUUCGCCCGGCUCGGUGUGCUGGCGUCCGACGGAUACUGCCGGCCGUUUGACAAGGACGCGUCGGGCUACACGCGCUCGGAGGCGAUCAGCGUGAUGUACCUGCAGAAGGCGAAGGACGCCAAGCGUGUGUACGCCAACGUGGUCUACUCGAAGACGAACUGCGACGGGUUCAAGGAGGAGGGCAUCACCUACCCGUCCGGCGUGAUGCAACGGAAGCUGCUGUCCGAGUUCUAUCACGAAAUUCAGGUUGACCCGUCGACGGUGGACUACGUCGAGGCGCACAGCACCGGCACGGUCGUCGGCGAUCCGGAGGAGUGCGCAGGGCUGGACAAGAUCUUUUGCGCCGGGCGCAAGAAACCGCUUCCGGUUGGGUCGGUCAAGUCAAACAUUGGCCACUCGGAAUCGAGCUCGGGCAUCUGCUCGGUGGUCAAGUGCAUCCUGGCGCUGGAGACGCGGCUCAUCCCGCCGAACAUUAACUUCCGCGAGCUGCGCCGCGAUAUUCCGGCACUGGUCGACGGACGGUUGCAGGUCGUGUCGGAUACGGUGCCGCUCGACGGUCCCCUGAUUGCGGUGAACUCGUUUGGGUUCGGCGGGGCCAAUGCGCACGCCUUGUUGUACGGCAACACGAAGGAAAAGGUUAACCACGGGCUGCCCGUCGACAAUCUGCCACGGCUGGUCACGUGGUCGGGCCGGACCGAGGAAGCGAUCGAUGCCGUCCUGACGGACAUGAGCAACCGCCACCUGGACGCCGAGUACGUCGCGUUGCUGCACAACGUCCAGAGCGAGUCGAUCCCCGGUAAUGUGUUCCGCGGGUACGGGCUGUACUCGAAGGAUGGCACCGAGAACGCCGUGUGCCUGGGCCGCGACACGCAGCACUACACCGGGUUGAAGCGACCACUGGUCUGGGUGUUCAGUGGUAUGGGGUCCCAGUGGACCGAGAUGGGCACAUCGCUGAUGGAGAUCCCGGUUUUCCGGCAGGCCAUCGAGCACUGCCACAGGGUGCUGGAGAAGCGUGGCCUCAAUCUGAUCGAGAUCCUCACCUCCAAGAGCUGCAAGUACGACAACAUCUUGCACUCGUUUGUGGGCAUCGCCGCGGUGCAGAUCGGUAUCGUGGAUGUCCUCCGGUCGCUCGAUCUCGAGCCCGACUUUGUGAUCGGUCACUCGGUCGGUGAGCUGGGCUGUGCGUACGCCGAUCGGUGCUUCACCGCCGAGCAGAUGAUCCUGUCGGCGUACUCCCGCGGUAUGGCCAGUUUGGAGACGAAAACCGUGUACGGGUCGAUGGCGGCCGUUGGGCUUGGGUUCCGCAAGAUCCGCACCAUGCUACCGCCAGGCAUUGAGGUGGCGUGCCACAACGGACCGGACUCGUGUACGAUCUCCGGACCGAAGGAGAACGUCGAAUCGUUCGUGGCGCAGCUCACCGAGAAGGGUAUCUUCGCGAAGGAAGUGCCCUGCUCGAACAUCCCGUAUCACAGCAAGUACAUUGCCGAGAUGGGCCCGAGACUGCUCGCGCGGUUGAACGAGGUGAUCCCGGAGCCGAAGAAACGCUCUCCGCGCUGGCUGAGCUCAUCGGUACCCAAGAUACGCUGGGAUCAACCGGAGAGUCAGUACUCGUCGGCACACUACCACACCAACAAUCUGCUCAGUUCCGUCCUGUUCGAGGAAACGUCGGCCCUGCUGCCGAACAAUGCGCUCACGAUCGAGGUCGCUCCGCACGGGCUGCUGCAGGCCAUCCUGAAGAAAUCGAUGCCGAACGCGAUCCACAUCGGAUUGACAAAGCGUGGCAACAAAGACAACGUACAGUACAUGUUCAACGCCCUCGGCAAAUUGUACAUCAACGGGUUGGACAUUCCGGUGGCAAGGCUUUACCCGCCGGUCGAGUUCCCCGUGUCGCGUUGCACGCCCAUGAUUUCGCACCUAAUCCGCUGGGACCACUCGGAGGACUGGUUCGUGACCAAGUUCGAGAUGCAAAAGUCCACCAAGAGUGGCGAGCGGCGGGUGAAGAUCAAGCUGAACGACGAAGACUACAGCUACAUCGCGGGGCACGUGAUCGACGGGCGUGUCCUGUUCCCGGCCACGGCCUACCUGCACCUGGCGUGGGAAACGCUGGCCAUGGUCAAGGGGCCGAUGUACUUCGAUCUGGAGGUAGAGUUCGAAGACGUCAAGUUCCUGCGGGCCACCUCGAUCACCAAGGACCAGGAGAUCGAGUUCACGGUCAUGCUGCAGCCGGGCACGGGCCGAUUUGAGAUCACCGAGGGGACCGCUGCCGUCGUCACCGGGUACGUGCGGCACGUCGAGAACAUCGCACUGUCGGAGAUUCCGGAUCCGCCGGCCAGCGAUCUGCCGGUGCUGGCCACCCGCGACUUCUACAAGGAGCUGCGACUCCGCGGUUAUCACUACAGUGGAGCGUUCCGCUCGGUACUCGAGGCACGGGCCGACAGCGCGUGUGGCAAGAUCAACUGGGAGCUGAACUGGGUCUCGUUCCUCGACUGUCUGCUGCAAUGCUGCAUCAUCGGCAAGGACACGCGCACCCUCAUGAUUCCGACGUGCAUCGAGCGGAUGCGCAUCGACCCGAAGAUGCAUCUGGCCAUUGCCAACACGAUGGACGAGGGGAGCCAGGUGUUUGAGUUUAAAAACUCCAAAAUUCUCAACACAAUCCGCUGCGGGGGCAUCGAGAUCGUGGGGCUUCAGGCGAGCACGGUUGCUCGGCGUAAGCCACCGGGCAUUCCGGUGCUCGAGUCGUACCAGUUUAUCGCGCACCUGCCGGCACCUGCUCUCUCGAAGGCGGAUGCAGUACGGGUGUGCGUACAGCUGGCCCUCGAGAACAUUCCCGUGCCGAAGGUGAAGGUGGUGGAAGUGGACUUUGGUGAAAGCUGCCCGAUUACGCCCCUGUUCGCAGAGGCACUGGGCGACUUACCGCUCGUCACGGCCGACCUGAUGUUCCUGUCGAAGCAGCAGCUCUCACUGGGCGGCGUUCACGUCGAGGACGGCAAGCUGUCGACGCAAACCAACUCGCUGUUCCUCAUCUCCACCAACUGUCUCGGGCGGGCCGAGUUUGUGGAGCAGAGCACGGCCAGCCUGCACGAGAGCGGGUUUUUGUUGAGCCGCGAAGCGGCCAACCUGGUCGUGGAGAGCAUUGUGCCUCCGACUGGCUUCCAGCUGUUGGCCGUGUUCCCGGUCGAGCACGAGACGUUCGUGUUGCUGCAGCGCAUCAAGCGCAAGUUUAUAGCCGUGCCGACGAUCGUCCACAUUCCAGCGGCGGACGGUCGGUACGAGUGGAUCUCGACGCUCAAGGAUGCCAUCAAGUCUGGGCCGGCCGUGGCGGUAUCGCAGGGUGACAGUAACUCGGGCAUCGUAGGGCUGAUCAACUGCAUCCGCAAGGAACCGGACGGUGGUAUGGUGAGCUGCGUGUUCGUCGACGACCCGGCGGCUCCACCGUUCGACUUGGACCAUCCGGUCUUCAAGAGCCAGCUGCGGCUCGGACUAGCCAUCAACGUGUACCGUGGCGGUCACUGGGGCAGCUUACGCCAUCUGCAGCUGGUCCAGAAGGUGGAAUCGAAACCGCGGCGCAACCACUGCUACGCGAACGCGCUGGUCAAAGGGGACCUGUCGUCGAUGACGUGGCUGGGAGGCCCGUUCAACCAUGGUCGCCCGAAGGGAGAGCUGGUGAAGGUGAUGUACAGUUCACUUAACUUCCGGGAUGUCAUGUUUGCCACCGGCAAACUGUCGUCCGAUUUCGCCAAUCUGUCGCGCGUUGAGCAACAGUGCGAGCUGGGCUUCGAGUACUCGGGCGUCGGCGAAAGUGGCCGGCGCAUCAUGGGCAUGGUGACGACCGGCGCCAUGUCUACGCACGUCGAGUGCGACGAUACACUCACGUGGACCGUGCCGGAAAAGUGGAACCUCGAGGAAGCGGCCACCGUGCCGGUCGUGUACGUGACCGUGUACUGUGCACUCUUCAUCAAUGCGCACAUCCAGAAAGGCCAAUCGAUCCUCAUCCACGCUGGCAGUGGAGGCAUUGGUCUGGCGGCCAUACGCGUUUGCCUUUCGUACGGUCUGGAAGUGUACACGACCGUGGGGACCGAUGCAAAGAAGGAGUUCCUGCUGCAAACGUUCCCACAGCUGAAGGCGGACAACAUUGGCAACUCGCGCGAUACCUCGUUCGAGCGGAUGAUCAUGAUGCGCACCAACGGCCAGGGUGUGGAUUACGUGCUGAACUCGCUGGCCGACGAUAAGUUGCAGGCCUCGGUGCGCUGCCUGGGCAAGUACGGCAAGUUCCUCGAGAUCGGCAAGUACGACAUGGCGAACGAUUCGAAGCUCGGCCUGAACCGGUUCCUCCGUGCGCUCUCCUUUACGGCCGUGCUGGUCGACUUCCUGUUCAAUGCUCCGCAGGAGGAGAAAAUGGUCCUCCACAACAUGCUCCAGAAGGACAUCCACAACGGGGUGAUUGUGCCGCUGAAAACGAACGUCUUCGCUGCGGGCGAUGUCGAGCAGGCGUUCCGGUAUCUGGCCAGCGGUAAACACGUCGGCAAGGUGCUACUGAAGCUCCGCGAGUCGCCAACCGACGAGGACUCGGUGCCGCUCAGCUACCUGCCGCGCGUGUACUGCAACCCGGACCGAUCGUACAUCAUAGCCGGAGGCCUGGGUGGCUUUGGGCUCGAGCUGGCCGACUGGCUGGUGUUACGUGGCUGCCGGAAGCUCGUGAUGAGCUCUAGCCGAGGUCUUACCAAACCGUACCAGCUGUACCGCAUCAACAUCUGGGAAACGUACGGCGUCAAGGUGAUCGUCAGCACGGACGACAUUGCGAGUCGGAGCGGUUGCGAAGCGCUAAUCGCUGCGGCGACCAAGAUAGGCCCCGUCGGCGGUAUCUUCAACCUGGCGGUCCAGCUGAGGGAUGGUAUUUUCGAAAAUCAGACCGUGGAGCGGUUUGUAGAGUCCAUGGCACCGAAAGCGAUUGCCACGCAGUUCCUGGACGAGGUGAGCCGUCGCCACUGUCCGCAGCUGGAGUACUUUGUCGUCUUCUCUAGUGUGUCCUGCGGGCGCGGUAACGCUGGCCAGAGUAACUACGGUAUGGCCAACUCGGUGAUGGAACGCAUCAUCGAGCGCCGGUGGGCCGACGGGCUACCGGCGAAGGCCGUCCAGUGGGGUGCGGUAGGCGAAGUUGGCCUCGUGGCGGACAUGCAGGAGGACAAGAUGGACAUGGAGAUCGGGGGCACGUUGCAGCAGCGCAUCGCGUCCUGUCUGCAGGAACUGGACCCACUGCUAACGACCUCGGAACCGCUCGUGGCCAGCAUGGUAGUGGCAGAGAAGCGGGUUCGCACCAGUGGAAAGGAAAACAUAAUCGAGUCCGUCAUGAACAUCAUGAGCAUUCGCGACAUCAAGUCGAUCUCGAUGGACACCACGCUGUCCGAGCUGGGCAUGGACUCGCUGAUGGCGGUCGAAAUCAAGCAGACGCUCGAGCGCGAAUACGAACUGUUCCUGACCCCGCAGGACCUGCGCUCGCUGACCUUUAUGAAGCUGCAAGAGCUGACGGAAGCGAAGGCGACGGCCGACGAGAACGUGAAACUGAAACUGGCCAACGAAAAAACGCCCACCGGAGUGGCAAUGUUGCUGCGCAACCUUGGCGACGAGUUCAACAGCCAGCACACGAUCCUGCGGCUGCAGUCGGAGAACGACUCGAAAAAGUACAACGCCUGCGUGCUCUUCACGCCCGGUAUCGAGGGAGUGGCCGGUAACGCGUGGCACAACAUUGCCGCCCAGCUGUCGCUGCCGACGUUCAUCACGCAGCUGACGCACACGAUCGACAUGACCACGGUCGAGGAGAUUGGCAACUUCCUGGCGCCGGAGCUGAUCGAAAACAUCUUCAAGGGCACGGAGCACUUCUAUCUGGUCGGUUACUCGUUCGGUGCCUUCGUCACGCUCGAGCUGGCCCGCAUCCUGGAGGAGACGGGCAUGCGCGGCCAGAUCCUGCUGAUCGACGGUGCGCCCAAGUUCCUGCGCAAGCUGGCGAUCGAUCAGAUGACGGAACACUACACGGACGACAGCAUACAGGUGGUGCUGACAUCCGGUAUCGUCAACACGAUUUUCCCGGAGGACAACACGGACGUGUUGCCGCUGCUCGCGUCCUGCACCACGUUCGAAGAGCGCAUCGACAAGCUGCUCGAGCUGUCCAAGGACCAGAAUCUCUACUCGGAGACGUACCUGCGCAUGAUGCCGAAAGCGCUGUUCAACCGCAUCAAGAUUGCGCUCGAAACGGACAUCGAACACCCACAGCCGGUCAAAUCGCCGAUCCUGCUCGUGCGCCCUACCGAAGUGUCGGUGGUGGACAUCGAAGAGGACUACAACCUGUCGCGCUACACCGAGGGCACGGUGAGCCUUAAGUUUGUCGAGGGUAACCACAUCACGAUGCUGGACAACCCGAAGCUGGUACAAAUCAUUGCCGAUUCGGAUCCGGUGCUGGAAUCGGAUCGAUGCUUCCAGAAGUACCUCCAAAGUAACGCCGUCGCAGAGUGAGCGUGCGAUCGGACAUUUCUCUGACGGCGGACGAAGCGCGAUAUACUAAGUGGGCCGGCGGGACUGUUGGACGGGACUGCUGUUGGAAGUGAACUUGCUUACAAAACGGGGUUUGUGCAUGAAUCGGGGACACCACUGGCUAUACAAUGUUCAAAGUUAGUUAAAGCAAUACCCUAAACAACGUAUAAAAUAACAACGAAAAUACACGUUUGAAGUAAUCAUUAAAAUA